AACUGUUACAAAGAACGACGCGACGUUAACGACAGAAUUGUCAGAUCAUGGCGAUCGAAUCAAAGGCGGCAGGCCAGCCAGAAAUCAUGGCGUCAUUGCUCCGGCAAGGAGACGGAAUUCUCGGAAACAAGUACCGUAAACCCGGACCACUCACCUUCCACGUGUCUUUAACGACGCCGUCAAACUUGAAUGCCCAACGCCUCUGUUUUUUCCGUCAGCCGAUAAAUUUCAAUUCAAAAAAAAUAAAAAAAAUUUAAAAGUCCGCUCCUCACCACAACAAAGUCGGGUCAUUCAUUUCCGCCGGUCAACCCAAACCCUAGUUUUCUCCACCCUCUCUACCAAUCCCUCUUUGCUUCGCCUUUCUCGCUCUGCCUGAUUUAACUUGAGAGAGAGAGAGAGAGAGAGAGAGAAUCGGAUUUCAGAUCGGCGUUGAUUUUCCGAUCCGGCGUGGAUUGAUGGAGGACAACGAGGAGAUGCGGUCGCAAUCGUCGAAGGAUACGGCGUCUCCGGCGUCGCCGAGAUCUGACGGGAGGAUAGCGGUGACGGUGGCUGUGUCGGCGCCGCCCUCCACCAAGGCGGUGGCCGUGGCUUUACCCGUGCAGCAGCAGAGUAAACCGGCGGGCGGCGGCAGAGAGGAUUGCUGGAGCGAGAGUGCGACGGCGGUGCUAAUUGAGGCGUGGGGGGAGCGGUACCUGGAGCUGAGCAGGGGGAAUUUGAAGCAGACGCACUGGAAAGACAUUGCGGAAAUUGUUAACGGCCAGGGGGGAGAUUUUACAAAAACCCCAAAAUCUGAUAUUCAGUGUAAGAAUCGGAUCGACACCGUGAAGAAGAAAUUCAAGCUGGAGAAGGCAAAGAUUUCGGCUGGCCAUGGGCCGAGCAGGUGGGCUUUCUUUGACAAGAUGGACUGGUUGAUCGGCCCCGCCGCUAAGAUCAACAACGCCGCCGGAAGUGGCGGCGGCUAUGAACCUCCGGCGAACACCGGGAACCACAAGGUGCCCAUGGGGAUCCCCAUGGGAGCUAGGUCAGCUCCCCCUCUCCGGCAACACCAACCGUCACCGCCGCCGCCGCAGAAGCAAAAACAGGCUUUUCAAAAGCCUCCGCCGGCGUAUUCCGACUCCUCCGACUCAGAAACCGAGGUCUCCGCCGAUAGCUUACCCCCAGCCACCAACGACAGAAAGAGGCCGAGGGGAUUCAUGAAUUCCAGUUUCGUCAAGCCUGAAAUGCAGAGAGCAACGGGAACUGGAAUUGGGGAGAAACAUCAAAACUGGGGGAAAUCAAUUGGGGAGCUGAGUGAAGCCAUCUUGAAAUUCGGGGAAGCAUACGAGCGAACGGAGAGCGCGAGGAUACAGCAGAUGGUGGAGAUCGAGAAACAGAGGAUGAAGUUCGCCAAAGAAAUGGAGUUGCAGAGAAUGCAGUUCUUCAUGAAAACCCAGAUGGAUCUCUCGCAGCUUCACAACCGGAGCCGCCCAAUAAAGAAGGCUAACAAUAACAAAAACACCGCCGCCGCCGCCACCAUCAAGAACAGCAACAACAUCUCCAGUGGUAACAUUAACUAGGAAUCCAAAACCAAGCAUCAGACUAAUGUUAAUUAAUUCAGAAAUUGUGUAGAAGAGCAUCUAAUUUGGUAAUGUUGAAUUAAUUAAUGCUCAUUCAUGUUGUAAACUUGGCAUUAACAUCUUCAAUGCAAAGUCCUUUCAGCAUCGCUUCAAUUCCAUUCGAUCUGUGCCUUCAAUGGCGUAAUUGCUUGAUUGCUUUGCCCAAACAUCACGGAGGGUGGAAAGUAGUGUAUAUGUAUUUGCGUUGACUUUUA